UCAGAUAUUCACAUCUGGUCACCUCCCACUAUCAGGGCGAAACUCCAUUUCAGUCCUUCACCCGCGCCAAACUGGAAAGCACUGAUACAGCAGCUCCUGGACGUGCAGUCACUCCGACUUUUAGUGCGACUGGAGCUUUGGGGUCCGUGUGAGGAUGCACUCCGGCACCCUGAACACGCCGAGGCGGCGAACCCUCUCCCGGGGAAGGAGCGAGGACGAUUCGCUGCGGCACAUGAUCAAGGAGGCUGAAGGUUCAGCCAGGCGACUGAUGCGAGCGGACAGUAGAACAAGCUCUGUCAAGAAGCUGGAUAAAAGUGAAAGUCAGAGUGAAGAGGAUCUGAUUAUGAGACUUCCCGAGAUGUUGGAUCUCCAGGCGAACUACAGUGACACUCUGCAGGAGUUGCGUGGCCUGGAGCUCCAGCGGGAGGCUUUGGUGUUUCAAGUGGACUGUCUGCAGGAUGCCCUCGAGAGGGCGGAGGAGAUGCUCGCUGAGGCACAGCGGGAAGUUGGAGACACCAGUGCGGAGCUGGAGCGAGAGAGGCAGACCAGAAAGAAGCUGGAGGACACUGUGGAGGCUCUCAUGCGAGAGCUGGAGAGCCUGAGAGCGGAGAGUCAGGCCACACCAGGUGUGACGGAUAGUAGAGGACAUGCAGAAGUGACUGUAGAGCAAGACAGCAGCCCAUCUGGCCUGGGAUCUACACAAGGGACAAUGGAAUCUCCAGUGAAGAGGUCUUCAGAGACCACUCCAGACGGUGCUCUUCCUUCAUCAGGGCCAUCAUCUGCCAAUGAAGAAGGUAGUUCACAUACCCCUCCAUUCAGGGACGGACUUAAGCAGUCGUCAGUGGACUCUGAAGACUUGCAGACUGGAGUCACUGAAGACGGCCGAGAGAAUAAGCUGACGGCAGACAGCGCUGUGACCAGCGAGAGCCCCCUUGCCAGGUUUCAUAGAAUAGUCCAGAAGGCCUUUGCUCAGUUGCCUACUUUAGCUUUGGACUCCAGCCCUCCCCAAGGUGGCAUAAUCGGGCGUUCCCAUAGCAGUCCAGGGGCCAUGCCUCACGAAGAGGUGCUGGCGGAGAACUCUUCAGACUGGUGUGACAGUGUGAUUUUACAGGAAUCCUUUCCAGGUGACGCCCCGUGUGAAGCACAGGAGGAUAUUCUUAAUACUACCCCACCUUUGGUACCGGCAGAAUCGAAUGAUUCUUCUCUGAGUAAUCCUCCCGAGAUGCAGAGGGACAAUGCAGAUAGCCAGGCAGGUCCUCCACCCAGCCCUCCUAAGGAACUUCAAGGCCAACAGCCUGGUCUUGAUCCCAAGGGCCUAAAGAACCCUGAGCAGUGUACCUUGUCUUGACAGUGAGGUUCUCUCCUGGCUUUAGUGGAAUCAGACAGUCUGGAUUCCAAUCUACUUGGCUGUUUUCCUGUAAUCUUUGGCAAAUGCUUUUGUUUUUCUCUAAACAAAUCUGUACUUUUAUAGCUAUACUCAGCUUCUGACGAAGUCCUUUUCAGCACAUACACAUUUUUUGGGUUCACAGUUCUUUGCAAGGGGAAAAAAACGCUUACAGUGCACAUUAGGUAUUGACACCAUUCACAAGUUCAGACGCACAACCUCAGGCAACCAGCCUGUUAUCAUGUUAGCCGUUACGUGGCUCCACACGCUGAGCUUCCUCAGACAUUGCUGGAUGGCAUUGAUUUUUUUAUACAUUGGCUUUUCCAUAUCCUUCACAUUGUCUUUAUAUGUCUUAGUGAUUAUCUGCAGUCUUACCUUUAUUGGUUAGAACUUCCCAAAGAAACUGCCUGAUUAAAAAGAGAAACUUACAUUAAAAGCAUCAUAGUAUGUAGAGCCUGUACCCAGGGCUUCCAAGUCAAAUUGGAGUGUGUUUCAAUUCCCUAAGUCGUUUGGUAAAAAUCUUUCAGAGCUACGUACUUCGUCUGGUAAAUUGUGGCUAAAAUUGGGCACCGUUUGGCUGGAUGCUGCAGUGUCAGGACUCUGUGGGGUAGGUUUAGGGUGAGGGUUAGGGUUAGGGUGAAGGUAGGUUAGAUCGCUGCCCAGGAGUUCUGCUUGUCUUUCGCAAUUUAUUUUACUUUGUUUACUUUUUGCUCAGAGGGAAUUUAAGGUUCGGUAGAAGCUGUUGUUCUCAUAAUGGCAUUAUUUUUAAGUCUCUGACAUUGCACUGGUAAAUUUCAGACACAACAGUCUAAUCUACUGUAUGAGAUGCGCAGAGCACAUGUUAUUGACAAAUAUAUGAACAACAUUGACUAUUACACCACAGAGGACCCCUGUAAUUUUUAAACAGUUUAUGAAGAAAACUGUAUCUUAAUCGUGCUUAUUUUUAAAUAGGCCUCAGAAGAAUAAAAUGUUGAAGCACAUUAUCAUUUUUAUUGCACUCUUCUGUAAGUAAAACUAUAUAUUUUUAUCAUACCAGAUAUUUAUUGCUGUUAUCAUUUUGAAAUUUGGUAAAUAGCAACGUGAGUUUUAAAAUUGCUGUUACAAUUCACACAGUUCUGUGGGCAGGCUUCACCCACAAUGCUGGCAUUCUGCUGUAAAACAACAUUCUGCUGAAUUUGACUCUACGGCACGGCUGUGUGUCUGAGCAAACAGGAAUGCAAACAUGCUGAAUGAUGAGAUUAUAUUUAUUUAACUUAACAUGGUUGUUUUCAAUAUGCAAGUAUUCCUUUUUCUGCUCAGCAUAGAAAUAUAUUCUUGUAUAUAUUGUAUACAAGUAUUUCUUGCAUGCUUUACCAAUACUAGUCUGAAUACUGUUAUUUUACUGUAAAUAAUUGUGUCAAAUUGCUGUGGUCUUUACUGGUUAAAAUAAAAAUGCUUGAAGACACCAAUGGAAAAA